AUGGCGAACGCUGAAGCCGAGGCGGUUGAUUUCGAGCCGGAGUAUGACGAUCUUAUGGACGAGGAUGUUGGCGACGGUUCCCCCCAUCGUAACGGCGCCUCCGCUAUACCGCGGCUAAGGUCUGCCAUUGCUGGUGGCGGCUCGUCAUCGGCUCCUAAGAAGACUAAGGGCCGUGGGUUCCGGGAUGAGGCGGCAGCUGAAGCCGACCGCAGCGUUCGGAUGUCUGCGCGAUUUGACUCGCUCGAGUCUGAAGGAGGCCCCGGGCCCGAACGAUCUAUUGAAGGAUGGAUUAUUCUCGUUACUGGAGUUCAUGAAGAGGCACAAGAGGAUGAUCUACAGAAUUCAUUUGGUGAUUUUGGAGAGAUGAAGAAUCUACACUUGAAUCUUGACCGUCGUACGGGAUUUGUCAAGGGCUAUGCUCUAAUUGAAUAUGAGAAGUAUGAAGAGGCCCAGGCUGCUAUAAAUGAAAUGGAUGGAAAAGAGUUCCUUGAUCGUAUCGUAAAUGUUGAUUGGGCAUUCAGCAAAGGUCCGUUCAGAAAGAGGAAUGUGAGGAGGAGAUCACCUCGUGGUCAUCGCUCUAGGAGUCCGCGAAGGAGAUUUUGA